ACCCCCAACCCUUUUGCACGCUCGCUCCAGCUGCUGUGGAGGCUGAAGAGGUCUAAGGCAGCAGAAACUCGAAGGCCAGACUAGUCUGUCCGAGGGAAAAGGAACACGAUUAGUACCAGAUCUCCGUUCCCUGCAGAACCCUGACAAUUGGACAGGUGACCUCCUCCAGAAUAGAUGGAGAGUCUCCAGAGACGGAGGCUUUAGUGGACAAAAUUCGCAAUAACCAGCUCCAGAUCCUGAAAAGGAGGGCGAAGAAUCAGAGACUGAAGCUAACCACUUCGUACCCACAUUUCAUCCUCCCAACCCUUCCACUCCUGGUCACCAUGUCUGCGGGCAACAGCACUCCUUGGAAGUCAGCAGCGGGGGAGGAUGUCUGGGCGGGAUCAGGAGUGGAGGUGGAGGGCUCAGACCUGCCCACCUUCUCAGCUGCAGCCAAGGUCCGAGUGGGAGUGACCAUUGUGCUGUUUGUUUCUUCGGCUGGAGGGAACCUGGCCGUGCUGUGGUCCGUGACACGGCCGCAACCCAGCCAGCUCCGCUCCUCUCCAGUGCGGCGACUCUUUGCCCAUUUAGCAGUUGCCGACUUACUGGUCACUUUUGUGGUUAUGCCCCUAGAUGCCACAUGGAAUAUCACUGUUCAAUGGCUGGCCGGGGACAUCGCAUGUCGGACACUCAUGUUUCUGAAACUAAUGGCCAUGUAUGCUGCAGCUUUCCUACCGGUAGUCAUUGGGCUCGACCGCCAGGCAGCAGUACUCCAUCCGCUUGGGCCCCGCUCGGGUGGAAGGAAACUUCUGGGAGCAGCCUGGGGACUUAGUUUCCUGCUUGCCUUGCCCCAGCUGUUCCUGUUCCAUACUGUCCGCCGAGCUGGUCCAGUCCCCUUCACUCAGUGUGUCACCAAAGGCAGUUUCAAGGCUCAAUGGCAAGAGACCACCUAUAACCUCUUCACCUUCUGCUGCCUCUUUCUGCUGCCGCUGACUGCCAUGGCCAUCUGCUAUAGCCGCAUUGUUCUCAGUGUGUCUAGUUCCCGGACAAGGAAGGGGAGCCAUGCCCCUGCUGGUGAAUACACCCUCCGCCGCUCCUUAGACAAUCGCCCCCGUGUUCGUCUCCGGGCCCUGCGACUGGCCCUGCUUGUCUUGUUGACCUUCGUCCUCUGCUGGACACCUUAUUACCUACUGGGUCUGUGGUACUGGUUCUCCCCUGCCAUGCUAACUGAAGUCCCUUCCAGCCUCAGCCACAUCCUUUUCCUCUUUGGCCUCCUCAAUGCUCCUCUGGAUCCUCUCCUCUAUGGAGCCUUCACCCUUGGCUGCCGAAGAGGGCACCAAGAACUUAGUAUAGACUCCUCGAGGGAAGGAGGGUCUGGGCGAAUGCCCCAUCAGGAGAUUCAAGCCUGGAGACAGCCGGAAGCACAAACAAAUGUGACAUCAAGGAGGGCAACAGAAACAAAAGAGACAUUCCUAUAACAUCCAUUUGCUCACAACAGAGUAUACAGGAACAGAAUAAUUUUUCUCUAAUACCAUAAGAACUCUCACUAUUAUCCCUGCUCUCUUAGCUUCCAAGACAAAGAAAUACUGAGUAGUGUCUCUACUUAAAUCCUACAUGAGACUUGAGACUAUGUCUAACAAAGAAACUCACAUAACCAGCCUGGGUAACACAGCAAGAUCCUGUCUCUACAAAAAAAUCUAAAAAUUAGCCA